AUGCUUUUGUGGUCGGGACUGGUUUACAAAAGGCCGUCGAAGAGAUGGGUGACUUUUCACUGUGGAUAUGAUUUCGGGUUUUUGAUAAAGAUGUUGACGCACAGAGAGUUGCCUGAGAACCUCGAAACUUUCAUGGCUAUGGUGCAUUUUUACUUUGGUGGGAAUGUGUAUGAUAUAAAGCACUUGAUGAGGGAUUGCAAUGGAUUGAACGGUGGAUUGGAGAGAGUGGCUAAGGCACUCGGUGUUGAUCGUGCGGCUGGGAAAAGCCAUCAAGCUGGAUCAGAUAGCUUGCUCACCAUGGAAACAUUCUUGAAGCUUCUGAAGAUGGUAGACACGUCCUUCAUUAAUCGACUAAUCCAAGAAGAAGAAGAAGAAGAAGAAGGAGUCGGUGGAUCUGAUUGUCGAUUUCGCUCUGUAUUGUAUGGAUUGGAGACUAAUUUCAAGUAUACCUAUUUCGAGUAUACUUCUUUUAACUUGGUACCAAAGCAAAUUUGUUAUGUUCUUGUACCAAGUUAUUAA